AUGUAUACUCUGUCUUUGGUCAAGUUAUUGGCAUUUUGCUACUCGCUGGGUGCAACAGGGCACUUAAUCGAGCUCAAAGCUUCUACAGACUUACCACACGGUGCUUCUCAGCCAGUUGAUCAUGCAUUCGCCUCGUUCUCGUGGCCCGUCCAUUUCUUUGCGGACUAUGCAGGCAAUAAGAGUUGCCCAAACCAUUUCUCACAAGAUAUCAUCAAUCUUCUACAUGAGAAAACGGGAGCGUACCCACAUAUUCGAGUUGGCGGAACUUCGGCAGACCGCGCCAUUUUGAACACCUCCCAGAGCAGCUCUAUAGUUCUCUCGGCCGAAUCAGACAAUGGUAUUCCCCUCGAAGUCUCCCUAGGACCUGUCUUCUUCGAAGGAUUCGAAAAUUUCCCCAGCACACCAUGGACCUUCCAAGUGAAUCUCGCCAAUAACAAAAGCAAUGCCUUGGAAAAUGCUCUUGCUGAAGCCCGAGCAGCGAUAAGCCAUAUUCGGGGAAAUCUCUAUGCCUUUGAGAUUGGAAAUGAGCCUGAUCUUUAUCCGGGAGAUGUGAGGCCACUGGAUUAUACGGUGGCAGAUUAUGUCAAGGAAUGGAGAUCUUUUGCGGAUGCUAUCUCUACGGAAGUACUGCAUGGAAAUAGAUACGGUUUGAAUGACUGGACGUUGUUCCAAGCUUUGACAUUUGUCUUCAAUCUCAAUGGCUUCUCUACAGCACAAGCAUUCAAAGAUGGGAUUGACAUGGAUGGACAUGUUAAAUCGGUGUCGUGGCAUCAAUACGCCUCCGGCAAUCAAGCUUGGGUCCGACUCCAAGAAUCUUUCAUGAACCACACUGCAGUUACCGGAAACUUGUCCCAGUACAUCGAAGACAUGACCCUGAUUCACAGCUACAACCCAAACAUCACAUUCCUUCUCGGCGAAACAAACAGCGACUACGUAAAUCUGAACAUGAGCCAGAUAGAAGGCGUCUUCGGAAGCUCUCUCUGGUUGAUCGACUACCUUCUCUAUGGGAUGAGUGUGAACAUCACCCGCUUCAAUCUAAUCCAAGGAACAACGUUCGGCUAUGCGGGCUGGACACCAGUUGAACACAACGGCCUAGCACCGCAAGUCCGGGCCCCGCUAUAUGGCCAACUCGUCGCAGCGGAAGCUAUUGGUCGGCACCCAAUCGUUCAGGUAAAAGCUUUGGAUCUCGAGCGAGAUGAUUUGUCCGCAUAUGCGAUUUACGAGUCGGGUGUUCUUGCUAGAUAUCUGGUUGUUAAUUUGGAUGGGUGGAAUUCGACAACGAAAUACGCGAGACCUUCACAGAAGUUUGCGCUUGAUGUCUCGCAUCGUGUGAAAUCUGCCGAGAUCAAGAGGCUUGUUGGUCCGGGAGCGAGUGCUGAUACUGGGAUUACGUGGGGUGGAUUUAGUUGGAACUAUACAGAUGGGAGACUCGGGCGGACUGGGAAAGAUGAUACUGAGGUUUUGAAAGUGUUGAAGGGAGCUGUACGACUUGAAGUGGACUCUAGUGAAGCCGUUAUUGUUGAGUUGCAGCAGGAGUAG